AUGGAACCUCAGAAAAACACAUUGCGACAUAUUACGAUAUUCACAGUCCUAGCUGGGACACCUGUGCCCAUCUCCGGCCCUGCUUAUCUUGGGCGGUAUAUAAAAGCCUCAUCUAUACAGCAUUGGGGGAUAUACGUCGAGAACGAACAAGAUGUCCAAACCCGCCAAGGACUCUGUGUAGAGCUGGGACGGAGCUCGGACGGCGGAAUUAUUGUUCUUCAUCGUACGCGACAAAGGCGUGAAGAAACUGAGCCGCAAGCAGGCAUCAAGUAUGAGAAGACAGGGAAGUUCACAAGCUGGGACAAUGACUCAAUUGUUCAAUGUGGUAGGUUCUCAACCACGGUGGAAAGAAGUUGGAUAGUACAAGUGUUACUUACUGUUAUUGAAGCCACCACUCUAUGUACACAUGAGCUUUACGAAAACUAUAGCGUCUUUAACAGAAAUUGCCAGACAUUCAUUAACCUAUUGGUACAAAGAAUUAUGGCUGGCGAAUCAGCUUGGACUCCGCGUAGAACAACAUCGCAUGCACUCACGUCUGGCCCUUCGUCCACCAAGGUUGUUAACUUAUGGGAAUCCGACGGAGCAAAGUCAAAGGCCUCGAAGCCUUCAAAUACCUACCAAGCCCCGGAUUGGACUACCAGCCCUAUCCCAGGUCAACCACACAUCCAAAAGACUUCUUGGCCUGUGGUUACUGGCCCAAUGGGACGCGAACUGGCCAUGUCUGGUCUUUCGAACAAGGAUCCCGUGUCAUUGGAAGAACAACGAAAAUACGAGCAUGAGCUUUGCCGCACGUGGAAGACGGGAUCUAUACCUCGGGUUGAGCCAACAGCCACUACUGGUACAUUUGAAGUUCCGAUCGGCAUGAGACAGAAGGUCGACGCACGUACCAAAUCAAUGGAAGUGACUUACGACAGCAUGGCUUCUACAAGCCGUAGGGCCUACGCUCUUGGGACUAACCUCGACGGCUACCGAAAUAAUAAACACAUCUCCCCGUCGAGGUUCGAGGAAAAGCAGCAGCGUACUCGAGACACCACAUCAGCGGCAUUACGCGAGCGGCGGACCUUACUAACAGCGCAAAUCAGGGAUUCUAAAACACAAACACCAAAGGUGACCCGCGAAGACCUAACUGAUCCGGUUGCAAUGUCUUCACAGGUGACAAACUUGGUAGAAACGCUAAAGAUUCCACGCUCUCCCUUCAUUCUUAAGCUUCUUCUCGACCAACUUCCUACAGACAAGGGAGACCCUGCUUGGAAAGAAGUGCGUCAGAAACUCCGAUUGGCACUUGAGGAGGAGAUUCCAAAGUGUAAGGAAGAUGAGAAAGGGGCUUUGCAGAAUGCUCUUCAAGUCCUAUCAUAG